AUGGCUGAACAAGAUGGAAAGUUGUACAGAUUGAUCACAGCACUUAUGGAACAAUCUGGACAGUUGAUUGCACUGGCUUGUGAGUAUCUUUACAUCCACAGAUUGAAUCACAACUCCAUCGAAACCUUGACUGGAUCAAAUUAUAGCAAAUGGAAACAAGAUCUGGAAAUAUCUCUAGGUUUUCUGGAUUACGAUUUUGUGCUCAGAGAGAAACCUCCCCAGGAACCAGCUGCAGAUGCUUCUGCAGAAACUAAGACUAAGUUUGCCAAAUGGGAAAAGGCAAACAAGAUGGCUAUGUUAAUCAUGCAAAGGGCUAUGUCUUCAUCAGUGAAAGGAAGCAUUCCUAAAUCUAAGAAUGCACAGCAAUACUAUGAGUCAAUUGCACAAAGGUUCAAGGAAUCUGAAAAAGCUGUCAAGAGUUCCCUGCUGAAUCAAUUGAUUGAUAUGAAGUAUGAUGGACAGGGUUAUGUGAGAGCUCAUAUCAUGAACUUGAUUGACAUAGGAACGAAAUUACAAGAGCUGGAUAUGACAGUAGAUGAGGACAUGAUGGUCCAUUUUGCACUGAAUUCAUUGCCUAAAGAGUUUAAAUCUCUCAAGGAAACCUACAUUGCUCAGAAGGAGACCUGGACCUUGAAUGAUCUUAUUACUAUUUAUGUCCAACAAGAGCACAAUAUCAUAAGAGAAAAGGGAGCCAAAAUGGUCAACAUGGUUCAGACUAAAUAG